UGUAAUAAAAAACUACGAAGCAGAAGACUUUUCUUACAUAUGCAUACAGUGCCUUCACUUUUCCUCCAUUAAUUCAAUCAAUUAGUAACGUAUUUCAAAGUAUCUCAUAUAGGUGUGUCACGAUGAUUCCACAAUGUUGCAGGAUGUAUACAAAUUUUGGAUAUCCUAGAUUUAGAAUAUUGUUAAAUAGAACCCUUUCCACAGUUACGCAAACUGAAACUAGCAACGAUAUAAUACUGCUUGGUCACAAAUAUCCCACAGAUAAGUGGACAAAUAUUACUCAAAAUAUCAUUUGUAAACUAGGAAAAAAUUUACAUAUUACACCAUAUCAUCCUUUAUCUCAUAUUCGUCAACGUAUUGUUAAUUACAUUUAUAUGCAAUUUUAUAAUCGUAUUGGGAAUCCUAUUUUUAGUGUGUACGAUAAUUUAUCCCCCAUAGUUACAGUAGCUCAAAAUUUUGAUUCUCUUCUUGUACCAAAAGAUCAUCCAAGCAGAAAGAAAACAGAUUGUUAUUACAUAAAUCAAGACACUUUGUUACGAGCUCAUAUGACAGCUCAUCAGACAGAGUUGAUUUCCAUGGGUUUGAACAAUUUCCUUGUAAUAGGAGAUGUUUAUCGUAAAGAUGAAAUAGAUUCUAUGCAUUAUCCUGUUUUCCAUCAAGUAGAUGCUGUUAGAUUAUGUACAAUAGAUGAAGUAUUUCAAAAUGUGAAUAAUACAGAUGGUUUAAGACUGUUCGAACAUAGGGGUAUAGAAUCUAAUGAAAAACAAGCUUGCCAUACCUUAGAAUCUGUAAAAGUAAUGGAACAUGAGUUGAAAAACACUUUAACAGGUUUAGCACAGACUCUUUUUGGAUCAGAAGUUCAAUACAGGUGGACUGAACAAUAUUUUCCUUUCACUCAUCCGUCAUGGGAACUGGAAGUUUACUAUAAAGAUCGGUGGCUUGAAAUAUUGGGAUGUGGUAUUAUACGCCAAGAGAUAUUACAAAGGACAGGAACAGAAGAACGUAUUGGAUGGGCAUUUGGAUUAGGUUUAGAGAGACUGGCUAUGUGUUUAUAUGAUAUCACUAAUAUCAGAUUAUUUUGGAGCAAAGACACUGGUUUUUUAAAUCAAUUCAAAGUUGAAGAUCCCAAUGUGACAAUAAAGUACAAGCCAAUUAGCAUUUACCCUCAGUGCAAGAAUGACAUAAGUUUUUGGUUGCCGGAAGAUAGACACUAUUCGUCAAACGAUUUCUACGAUUUAGUAAGAGACAUCGGCGGCGAUAGAAUAGAACAAGUUAUAUUAAAAGAUGAAUUCACUGACCCUAAAACUAAGAGAUUAUCGCACUGUUAUAGCAUAACGUAUAGAGAUAUGGAACGUACGUUGACAAAACGGGAAGUAAACAACGUCCACAAACAAAUAGGAAAUAUUGCCGCUGAGAAAUUACAUGUAAAAGUCAGAUGA